UUGGCGAGCGAGGACGACGAGAGUACAUCGCUCUUUCGAGUACGCAUGUAGUUUUAUCACAGCGCGGUCUGCAUUCCUUUCGAGAGCGAAUUCGGUUUCAACGUUCGGGUUCGGGGGUGGUGGAUAGGGAAGGGGGAUAAUAUCUUGAUAGGAGAAAUGGGUCGAAGAAAAAAAUUGGUGAAAACGGUAGUGGAAAGAUCGUGGAAGCAGCAGCGGAUCAAGCAGGAGGGAGGCGAGCAGGUGAAAGCGAACGUUUGGUCCGAUGCGGCAACGACGAGCGAAGAUGAAAAGAAGGAGAAAACUUGGAGAAAUUCAAAAUUUUCAAAGUUAUUGGAUAUUUACGGGAGAUUGGAGUUGCCUCUGUUGAAAUUGGACGAGAAUACAAUAUCGACCGACGACAGCGACGACGAGGAGGAGACAUUGGAGUUUGAAAUACGUGCGCGUUUUGUAUUUUGGUGGAGCACGUGUCUGGUCUGUACGAGUACGAGUGAUCCGAGAAUAAUGUGUGAAAAGUGUAAAAUGGUGUCGUAUUGCGGAGUGAAACAUUUGGAGGAGAAUCGAUCGAGUCACGGUCCGCUUUGCGAGGCGAUGCGUCAUGAAUUCGGCGGUAUCGAUGGAUUUCGAGGUGCGAAAGACUCGAGCCCCGAUAAUUAUCGCUCAUUGCGAAUAAAGUUUAUCGAGUCGGUGGAAAAAAAAAUGCGCAGACGGUUGGAUCUCUGGGAAAGGGAAAUAAUAUUGUAUCCACGGAUUUGCCGUGCCUGCCGAAAAUGCGACCCCGAUGAGUUGACGCGUUGCGAGGAUUGCAACCUCGAGUUUUAUUGCCAAGAUCAUUCGAACGAGCACGCCAAAUGGUGCAAAGAUUUUAAGGUAUAUCGUCGGAUCCUGGAUAUGCAGCACGCCCACGGUUACGCGAGAACCAAUUUUCCGGACGUGAAGCUCCCGACGAGAGCGGCUGCCCUUUCCCUCGAAAACCUCAAUUUUGACAAAUUGUUGCUCGACAUGUUCGGUCACAACGUCAAUUAUCGUCGCAUCGAUGCUCACACUUACGCGAGUAUGUCUCUUUCGGCGACUGCUCCCUUGACCGCGCUAUUCGCCCUUCAAAAGACUUUCCAACCGGACGAUUGGCCAACACGGGAGAAUCUCAAAAUUCACAUAGUCGGGGCUGAAUUUCAAUUCGAGUGCUCCAGUCUGAGGGUUUGGGAAAAAUUGUUUAUCCAUUUUUUGCCGAGAUUGAAGAAGCUCGAGCUCGAGUUUACCGGGCCCGAAUUACGUUUACCGGGCGCUCCGAUCGAGCUUCUAUCUCGGGUUCCUCUCUGCCGGCGAUGCAAAACCGACGGACGUCGCAUCGUUGUUCGCUUCAACGAGGGCAAACUUUAUCACCAACUUUCAGUUUCGUCUUUCGCUGCUGCUGCUGCUGCUGCUGCUGCUGCUGCUGCUGCACCGGCCGAUCUUAUUUGCCUCUUCAAUCCGGGACUUUACCGCGAUACAGGAUACGAUCGCACCGACACCUGGCCCCAAACCAUACAACUAUUUUGUCAAGCUAAAGUUCCUGUUGUUAUAACUUCCUAUACGGAAAUUGAAAUACCGAAAGACGUACGAAGAAUACAAUCGAUCGGCAAGGUUCACGUACUUUUGGAACCUCAAAAAAAUCCUUUCGCCUCGAUAAAACCCGAUCGAAAUUUCGUUAGCGACGAUAGCGUUCCUCUCAUGUAUAAAAAUUAUUGUUUGAGCGUCGUCAAGGGUUUAUGAUAGGUGUUAUCAUGAAUAAAUUUAUAAUUUCAA